AUGGAAUCGGGGACAUCUAUGUUAGAACAAGCUCCAUCAAGAAGAGAGGUUGGCCUAUACUUUAUAGUGGAUUCUAAUGUCAAACCGGCAUUUGGCCUCUCUGUUGGAAAAUACGUGAACGCUCUUUUCGGAUCAGUUUGGAAUUACAUGCAGCACCAGAAAAACAACGUCCCCUGGUUGAACCUCGUAGGAAUUCAUGAGUUAGAAGAAUCAAUGACGGAAAGUUUGCUUGUGAACUCUGUGGAACAUAAUAUGAUCAUGGAGCAAGAGCGUGGGUUGCUUGUAAAUCAUGCAAUUGAUCGCUUCCACAAAGUGUAUCAAAGGAAAGAUACAACAAAGAUACCUCACGCCUAUAUCGUACUUACAAGGCAUCCCAUAUACAAUCACGAGGGGGUGCAACUUGACGCUUGGGCAAAAAUUUGUGCGAUCUGUAGAUAUGACAACUAUGUGUUUGUACAAAGUACUGGCUACUUUCAAGAAAUCCCCGUUUUAUUAAGACAUGUGUUGAAAAUGUGA